AUGGGACCGCUUCCAGAACUCCGGCCUAACCAUCGUCCUGAAAAAAACUCGAAAAAUAAAAGAAAGAGGGCUGGAAUCUAUACAUUGAUUCUUUUCUUCGCUGUUUUUUUUGAACCGUAUGCAUCAAAAGGUGCAUGUACGGUUCCUAAGGGAUACAAUUUUACCCUACUCAACCGACUUUAUCGAGAAAGAUUACUUUUUUUAGGCCAAGAGGUUGAUAGCGAGAUCUCGAAUCAACUUAUUGGUCUUAUGGUAUAUCUCAGUAUUGAGGAUGAGACCAAAGAUCUUUAUUUGUUUAUAAACUCUCCUGGCGGAUGGGUAAUACCCGGAGUAGCCAUUUAUGAUACUAUGCAAUUUGUACGACCAGAAGUCCAUACAAUAUGCAUGGGAUUGGCCGCGUCAAUGGGAUCUUUUAUUCUUGUUGGAGGAGAAAUUACCAAACGUCUAGCAUUCCCUCACGCUUGGGUAAUGAUCCAUCAACCUGCUAGUUCUUUUUAUGAAGCACAAACGGGAGAAUUUAUCCUGGAAGCGGAAGAACUGCUGAAACUACGCGAAACCCUCACAAAGGUUUAUGUACAAAGGACGGGCAAACCUUUAUGGGUUGUAUCUGAAGACAUGGAAAGAGAUGUUUUUAUGUCAGCAACAGAAGCCCGAGCUUAUGGAAUUGUUGAUCUUGUAGCAGUUGAAUGAAAAAAUGGAUUUUGUGCAAAUCAGUGAUUUGAUAUUUUAUCUAUGAGUUGACUAUAUAAAUAUUAAAUAAAAAAAAUCCGGUUAGGAUCAAUCUAAACCAGC